AACCAAUAUGGCGGAACGAGCCCGCGGCGGAAGAGUUUGUUGUUUGCGGAAGUGACGUCAGUGAGAGGCGCGGCGCUGCACCUUUGCCUGUGUCCUGGAUUCGAGCGGUCUAAAUAAUAAAAGGGAUGUCUAUGGAAAAGAUUAUCCGAGAUGCGCUGACGGGUUUCAUCCAGUCUCAUAUACCUGAUGCUGAUUUAAGUGCUAUGGAUGAAGUGUUCUUUUCAUACUUCACUGGGGUUUUAGAAGAACUGGGAUCUCAAGAUUCCUCAGAGGAAGACUUUGAUAUGGAAACUUUUAUGGAAAUGUUGAAGGGUUACAUCCCAGGAUUUGCAGAAAUUGGCAGUGAAAAAGUGUACGAAAUGAUGUUUGAACUAUCAGGACGGCUAAGUGAAGCUCAUAAAAAGGAAAACGAUUCUCCUGAAACAUCUGAGACUUCACUGCUAGCAAGAGAUUCUGAUGGCAUUGAACCCAGAGAAAGCAGAUUACAUGUAGCAUCUGAAGGAGCAGAGGCCCAGGAAAAAGGCAAUGCAAAAAUGAAUGUAGAUCUGCUACUGGAGAUGUUCCCAGCAUGUACAGUGCGUCAAGCUGAGAAAGUGUUGUCUAUGGCUAAAGGAAACCUAGAAGAUGCCGUGCAGAUAAUAGUGGAGAAAGAGGUGACUUUUGAGGAUACAUCAGAACCACAGAUAUUUCUAAAGAAUCCCCAAAAAGAAGACAUGAAAGAAUUCAUUUUACAGAAAUACAUGUUGGUUGACAACGACGACGACAAAAAAACACACAGGCCUUUGAUGCCUAAAGAGGCCCCUAAGAAACUGAUUAGAUACAUUGACAAUCAAGUGGUCAGCACAAAGGGGGAGAGAUACAAAGAUAUGAAGAAACCUGAGAGUGAGGACAUGAAGAAAACCUACAUAAAUCUCAAGCCUGCCAGAAAGUACAAGUUUCACUGAAGCAUAAAAGCAGUAGGACCUUCCCAGCUUCUGUUUAGUCUGGAGCAUGUGUCCACCACGAUGGGUAGAUACCAAUACACUCUGCAACAGAGAAGAGAACUUUCAGGAUUUAUCACUGGUUUAUUCACCAUUAAUAAGCAAUAUAUGAUGUCAUGUGGGAGAGUCCUAACCUUUACAUGGAAAUCUCACAUAAUGGCAUCUCAGGUCAUUUAGUUCAUCCAUAGCCACAAGAUCUGAAACUGUUAAUGGUGCAUCACAUAUAGUGCUAUGUUGGUUCUCAGGAACAAAUAUUGUCUUUGUAAAGCUCUCCGCCCUCAAAGUUGCCAAGAGCAAUCAGAUUCCAGAUUGGCUUUUGAAAUUAAAAGGGUUUUCCAAAACUUUAAUAUCUAUGACCUGUCCUCAGGAUAGGUUAUUAGUAUCUAAUCGGUGGGGGUCUGACCCUUGGGACCCCCACUAAUCAGUUUGAGAAGGCACCGGCCUUCUUGUGAGCACAGCGGCAUUCUCCGUGCUUACCAAGCACAGCAAUGGACAUUGUAUAGCGGCUGUGCUUGGUAUCUCGCUCAGCCCCAAUCACUUCUAGGCCACGUGACCAAUGAACGUGUCAUCACUGGCCUAGGAA